AGAGGAGACACAGAUCCAAGGACCCAACGCAGACACAAGGAGGAGGAGAGGAGGCUGUUAAGACCCCACAUCUCCACUGGCUUUUCUACACAUCGACUACACUCACAGCUGGGACCAUCAUGCCCAACUUCUCCGGUACCUGGAAAAUGAGGAGUAGUGAGAAUUUCGAUGAACUUCUCAAAGUCUUGGGAGUGAACGCGAUGCUGAGGAAGGUUGCCGUAGCUGCAGCCUCAAACCCUCAUGUGGAGAUACGACAGGAUGGGGAGACCUUCUACAUCAAAACCUCCACCAGUGUCCGCACCACCGAGAUCAACUUCACCAUCGGAGAGGAGUACUUCGAGGAGACCGUGGAUGGGAGAAAGUGCAAGAGCCUGGCCUCCUGGGAAACGGAGAAUAAGAUCUACUGCAGACAGACUCUGGUGGAGGGAGAUGGACCCAAAACCUUCUGGAGCCGCGAGCUCAACGGGGACGAGCUGACACUGAUUUUUGGGGCCGAUGACGUAGUAUGCACACGGAUCUACGUUCGAGAAUGACACCAACAGCAAAACAAAAUCUGAUUCAACAUGUUUCAUUUUUCUGUCAGUCUGAGAAACAGUAGCCAUGUAGUCCAGAAACUCUGAGCUGUCUUCUGCCUAUAGUCUCUUUACAUACACUUUCCAGACUUUGCAAUAGCCGUGUUUGUGUGAAUGUUGUGAACGUUUUGAGGACUAGCCGUAUCUGCCGUUCCAUCAAACUCUGCAGUGUAUCAUUGGAUUUAGAGGCUUCAACUUUUCUUGUCAGUAAAAAUAAACGUUUGGGGCACACUGAA